UGUCUGGCAGGAAUCACCAUCUUCUUGAUCACUCUUGCAGUCAGAGAGAAGCAUUCGUAAAAAAGAGAAGCGCAACAAGAAGAUUCAAAGAUGAACAUUCUAUCGUCGACGGUGCAUUACAAGGUUGCACGCAACAUGUCGGGUCCUCUGGCCGUCGUGACCAUGAUGGUGCUGAUCGUCACCGUCACCUUCCUCGCCCUCAGCAACAAGUCCCUGAGGGCCGCCUUGGAGGAGGAGCGCACCCUGUCACUCAAGUCCAUCGUCGAGAAAUCCGAUGACCUGUCCUCUUGCAUGUCGGAGUCCAAAUCCCUUGAGGAAAAGAUCAAGGAACUCACAGCCCAGAAGACGAAGCUCACAAGCGAAGCCGAGGAACGAGCGAAAGAACUGAACCACUUGCAAGAACAAGCCGUCAAGAACCAGCAAAUGACUCAGGAAAUUGAUACCCUGAACGCGAGGAUCAACCAGCUGACGGAGGACGGGAAGCAGCUUGAGGGGAAGCUCCAGUCGGCGCAGCAGCAGGUAGGAGCCCUCGAGGCCACCAGGAAGGACCUCAGCGAACAGCUCGCCACGGCGCAGAGGGAGAUCGCGGACGCUAACGCCAAGGCAGGGAACGCUAUUCCUCAAGAGCAGCCUGCGCCAGCGGCUCAGCCUGCUCCGGCGCCCCAGCCUGUUCCAGCAGCGCAGCCUGUUCCAGCGGCUCAGCCUGCAGUUUAAUUCGAAAGGGGGAAAGGAGCAUUUAGCGCUAAACGCAGACGUGGGGACAGAGGGAAAGGAAGGAAUCCACGCAGGCAAUAAAACUCGUUGGCGCGGACUUCCUUUUUCAUCUGUUCUUCUUAUUACGAUUUGUCUGUUAUACUUGUGGAUAUGUGCCUCUCGGCUGUAAAGACGGCUGUGUAAACUAUGCCAAUUCAUAUUUUCGCGAACAGUAGGUUUAUAGGGACAUUUUAUUUUAUGAUGAUUAGGGAAUCUGUUGCACGUUUUUGUUUUCAGUUUGAUGUUAUUGUAAAAGUAUAUCUCAGAGUGUAUUGUUGAUGAUAUAUGAUAUAUGUCUAGUAUUGUGUGCAUAUUACUAGAAUAGGUAUACGAUAAUGCAAAUAUAAAAACACAUACACGCACACACACAAAAUAGUAAACCUUUUCAUUAUGAAAA